UGAAUUCCCACUUUAUUAACAGAUACUGCCCAUGGCUUCUUCAUACAUCAUACUGAUCUUUCUGCUUACAGGGUAUUGCGCCGCAGUUGGAUCUGAAAAGUGCUCGAUAAGCUUAAACUCAGCAAUCCAUCCCAUAACUCAUCCCACUUCCUGGACCUCGCCUUCUGGUCACUUUGCAUUCGGCUUCUACCAGGAAGGUGGUGGGUUUAAAGUGGGGAUUUGGAUGGUUCGUAAAUCACAGAACACCACUGUGUGGACAGCAAAUCGAGACGAUCCGCCAGUGUCCUCAAAUGCUGCACUGGAGUUAACCCCUGAUGGUCAGCUCGUUCUUAAAAUUGGUCCUGGGGAGACUGAACUGAUUGCUAACUCGUCAGAUAGUGCUUCAUGUGCAGCCAUGGACGAUGCAGGGAAUUUCAUCCUCUAUAACCAGCAUUCUGAGGUCAUCUGGCAAAGUUUCAAUUUUCCUACUGAUACAUUACUUGGAGGCCAGUCCUUACCCACUGGUGCUGAAUUACAUUCGAGCGUGUCUUGGACUAAUCAUUCAACAGGCAGGUUUCGUCUCCGUAUGCAAUAUGAUAAUAACUUGGUUCUCUACCCUAAGGAUACUCUGACAUCUGGAAUAGAUGCUUACUGGGCUUCAAAUACGUGUUGUUACGUACAGCCUGUUCACUUUCACCUGUAUCUCAAUUUCACUGGUGCACUUCUUCUACUAGACAACUCGGGAGAAUACGCAGUUAUAUCAGAUCUGGAUACCUCUUCUGUGAACCAUAAUUCGACAAUUUACCGUUUGAUACUGGACUCGGGGGGAAUACUCCAACUGUAUUCUCAUAGGUUCGCUGAAAAUGGUGACGAUGUGGUGUCCUUAAUGUGGACACAACCAGAUAAUAAGUGCGGAGUGAAGGGCUUAUGUGGCUUUAAUAGUUACUGUACUAUGGAGGACGAGCAACCUGUAUGUCGGUGUUUUCCUGGUACGGAUUAUGUUGACAGUACAAACCAGUUUAGUGGGUGCGAGAGGAACUUCAAGGAAGAAUGGUGCAGGGACGCCAGAGAAAACUCAUCAUCGUUUACCUUUAAAUCCAUCGAUCAGGUGUACUGGCAGGACCCUCCCUAUUUUCAGGUGACAAUGGAAGUAGCGGAUUGCAACAUGUCGUGCUUGGAAGAUUGCGAUUGUGAGGUAGCUUUAUACGACUUCAAAAAAGGAACUUGUAUGAAACAAAAGCUUCCUCUUAUGUAUGCCUGGACAGUUCCUGAAAAAUCAUUCAGAGCAUUUUUCAAGGUGGGACUAGAAGGCAUUGAAGCUGCCAACACCAAUAACUCCAAUUCACUGGUACUGGAAAAAGUUGACAGCAAGAAAGAAACAAUCCAACUACUUUUGGUGACUGUAGGACUUACGGCAUGCUCGUGCAUCGCCCUCGCAGUCGCUGGUCUUUUCACCUUCAAGUUGCGAGUACUUGAGUACAAGAAGAUAGUGGAAAGUGGAAAUUUUGGCUUGACGGAGGAACUUGCUCUGAGGCCAUUUUCUUACAAGGAGCUGAAGAGAGCAACAAACGGCUUCAAGGAAGAGUUGGGCAAGGGAUCAUUCGGUGCAGUCUACAAAGGAACCUUGUACAGGGGCAAAAGAGUUGUUGCUGUCAAAAGACUAGAGAAGCUGCUCAACGAAGGUGAAAGGGAGUUCCGCGCGGAAAUGAGCAUCAUCGGCACCACUAAUCACCGGCACUUGGUUCGGUUGCUCGGCUUCUGUGCUGAGGCAUCCAAGAGGUUACUUGUCUAUGAAUACAUGAGCAACGGCUCCCUUGCAGAUCUGCUCUUCCGAUCUGAAAGGCAUCCUGAUUGGAACGAGCGGAUGAGAAUCGCCUUGGAAAUUGCCCGGGGAAUCCUCUACCUACACGAAGAGUGCGACACGCCCAUAAUACACUGCGACAUUAAGCCCCAAAACAUCCUGAUGGAUGACUUCUGGGCAGUCAAAAUCUCCGACUUCGGGCUGGCCAAGCUACUGAUGCCAGAUCAAACCAGGACUUUCACAGUCAUCAGGGGGACGAGAGGCUAUAUGGCGCCAGAAUGGCACAAGGGCACCCCGAUAUCGGUGAAGACAGAUGUCUAUAGCUAUGGGAUCAUGCUCCUGGAGAUCGUAUUCUGUCGCAGGCACAUGGAUGUCAACGCGUCGACUCCUGAGGAGAUCGUCCUUUCCAGUUGGGUAUACGGGCAUUUCAGGGAUGGAGAGCUGGACAAGUUGGUCCUAGGCGAGGAAGUCGAUAAGUGGUUGUUGGAGAAACUGGUGAAAGUGAGCCUCUGGUGCAUUCAGGACGAGCCGGCUCUUCGUCCUUCGAUGAAAUCUGUGGUGAUGAUGUUGGAUGGAACAACUGAAAUUUCGGUUCCUCCAUGUCCGACCGCCGCCACUGUAUGAACUCGAGUUUGGAUCUCAUUGCAAUUCCUAGUCAUCAAUGCAUGUAAUGUUAUAAUAAUUUUGAGUCACAGUGUGCUCAGAAUCACUCUCAAGUCUUGAAUUUUCUGUAGCAGAUGAACAUUAGUAUUUGUAUUUUGUACCCAGCUCAGAUGUGUUAUAAUUUCUAU